AUGGCCAACAGCGGCACCGCGACGGAGCAUCGCCUCGGCUCCUGGGAGGCCCUCAAGCUGUACCGCAAGGGCGCCUUCUGGUCCAUGUUCAUCUCGCUCAGCAUCAUCAUGCGCGCCUACGACAUCGAGAUCAGCGGCAACUUCUUCGCGCUGCCGGCCUUCCAGCGGCACUUCGGCGUCGACUACGGGCCCGACCGCGGCGGGUAUCAGAUCCCGGCCCGGUGGCAGGUCGCCAUGGGCAUGGGCAGCCUCGUCGGCCAGAUUGUGGGCGCCUAUCUCGUUUCGUUUCCCAUGGAGAAGUUUGGCAGGAAGAAGACGUUUGCCGUGUGCCUUGUCCUGACGGCGAUUUUGACGUUUAUGCAAUUCUUUGCCAACACGAUCGGGGUCCUGACGGCCAGCCAGUAUCUCAGCGGCAUUGUCUGGGGAGGGUACUGUGUCAUUGCGACGACGUAUGCGUCCGAGGUGCUUCCGCUCAGCUUGCGUGGCUUCCUCACUGGCUACAUCAACCUGUGCUAUGUCAUGGGCCAAUUUAUCCAGACGGGCGUCACCCGGGGCUUCAUCAACCGCCCUGACCAGUGGGCAUACAAGAUCCCCUUUGCAAUCCAAUGGGCGUGGCCCGUCAUCCUCCUUGCCGGCCUGCCCUUUGCCCCCGAGUCGCCAUGGUGGCUGGUUCGACAGAACAAGAUGGAAAAGGCGGAGCGGUCUCUCGAGCAGCUCGUCCAGAAGGACUCGGGCAUCAACACCAAGGAGACGCUCGCCAUGAUGGUCAAGACGGAUCUCCUGGAGCGAGAGCUCGAGGUCGGCACCACGUACGCCGACUGCUGGAAGGGCGUCAACCGACGACGCAUGGAGAUUUGCAUCUUGCUCUUCGUCAUCCAGAACUUUAGCGGCAACCCCGUUGGCUUCGCGACCUACUUCUUUGAGCAGAUUGGCCUCAACAAUGUGCAAGCAUUCGACAUGGGCGUUGGUCUCAACGGCGUCGGCUUCGUUGGCACGUGCCUCUCUGCCAUUCCCCUGAUCUAUCUCGGCCGUCGUCCUGCGUACAUCUUUGGCCUCAGCUUCAUGGUUGCCACGCUCUUCGUUGUGGCGCUGCUGACCUUUGCGCAUGACUACACGACCAACGACUCGUAUCGUUGGGCGCAAGCUACGCUGCUCAUCAUCCUGCAGUUCGUCUGGCAGGCGACUCUUGGCCCGUUGACGUACGUCGUCGUCUGCGAGACGCCCUCGACCAAGCUUCGAUCGAAGACGAUUGCCAUUGCCACCAUGAUUGAUGCCCUCACGGGUCUGGUCACGUCUGUUAUCGGACCGUAUCUGCUGAACCCUGGCGCUGCGGGUGCCGGAGCCAAGAUUGAGUUUCUGUAUGGAGGCAUUUCCGUCUUUUCUCUCAUCUGGACCAUUUUCAGAAUGCCGGAGACCAAGGGCCGAACGUACGAAGAGUUGGAUAUCAUGUUUGAGCGCAACGUUCCGGCGAGAAAGUUUGCGACGUACAAGUUUGAGGACGAGGAUCUGACGCCAUGA